CAUGAAAUUCAAGCUGUGUGGAAUCUCCGCUUUCAUUAUAAGAGUGGGAUUGUUUAUUUGUUCAGUUGUUGGCUGGUGUCCAAUUUGUCAGCGCUACGAUACGUGUAAUAACUGUUACGAAUAAUUUUCAUCAUUUUCCUUUCCGACUUAAGAUUUUAAUUAUUUAUUUAUUGAUUGAAAGUUUCGCCGUCUUCUUAAUUGAUUACAUUUUAUUCAUAAAUGUAUUUUCAAAGAAAAAAUCUAUUUACAAGCUUACUCACGUAGAAACAAAGUAAAUUAUUCAUUAGUUAAACAGCUAUGUGACAAAUUUUUUUAGGUAUAUUUAUUCCCACUUUCAGAGAAGUUCAUGAAUGUUUUUCACAUUUUUUCGUUACCCCGGCUAGAUGGCCAGAGAAUGUGUUUACAUGUUCAGUUCAAGAAUGUUGCAGGGAAGAAUUUUAGUAUUGAUUGCUCUUAUUACUUUGAUUACUUUUGGUGUAUUAUAUAAUCACUUUGAAUCCCAAAUAUCUGAACUUGAUGAGGCUAGAAGAAAACUAGCCUCUGUUGUAUCACAAAUUGAAUGGAAGAAUUUACCUACAUCGCAAGUAAAAGCUCUACAGUUGUUAACAAAAGAAGAGAAUUUUGACAAUAGUGACGUGUUUGAUGAUAGUAUUAUUAUCUACAAUCGUGUGCCAAAAACAGGAAGCACCAGUUUCAUGGGAAUUGCAUAUGAUCUGUGCACUCGCAAUGGAUUUAAUGUUCUCCAUAUAAACACUACUAAAAAUUCUCAUGUUUUAUCUCUUUCUGAUCAGGCAAGAUUUGUACAUAAUGUUUCUACAUGGAGUGCAAAGAAACCUGGCUUGUAUCAUGGACAUAUUGCAUUCUUAGAUUUUUCUAGGUUUGGUGCAUCAAAGAAGCCCAUAUUCAUUAACAUUAUACGUAAACCAUUGGACAGAUUAGUAUCUUAUUAUUAUUUCUUGAGAUACGGAGAUGAUUUCCGACCUUAUGUAGUAAGGAGGCGACAAGGUAACAAAGUGUCAUUUGAUGACUGUGUUCAGAAACGAGAGAAAGACUGUGAUCCUGAAAACAUGUGGCUUCAGGUGCCAUUUUUUUGUGGGCACUAUGCUGAGUGUUGGGUCCCAGGAAGUGAAUGGGCUUUACUGCAAGCAAAACUCAAUCUUGUGCAGCAUUAUUUGUUGGUAGGUGUUACUGAAGAAUUGCAAGAUUUUAUUGCUCUUUUAGAAGCUACAUUACCACGUUUCUUCCAUGGAGCUACAAAUUAUUUUGUAGAAGGAAAGAAAUCUCAUCUUCGUAAGACAUACAAUAAAGUCAGUCCAUCGCCGGAAACAAUUUCAAAAAUACAAGCUUCACGCAUUUGGCAGAUGGAAAAUGAAUUUUAUGACUUUGCAUUGCAACAGUUUCAUUUUAUCAGGAAAAAAACUUUAACCAUAAAGGAUGGUUUAGUAUCAGAUAAAGGACAGCAAUUUAUGUAUGAAAAAAUCAGGCCAAGGUAGAACCUUGCAUGGAUAUGUGGUGGUCACACAAUUAUUAUUAGGGAACAAAACAAAAAAAAAUAUUUUUGAAAAAUUAUAUUAUGGAUGACUGCAACUUAAAAUAUUGAAAUCAAAACUUGAAGGAAUGAACAUUUACUUAAAAAGAAAGUAUCAGUGUAAAGAAAUGCUAAUAUUAAAUGAACUUGAGAAUUUUUAUUUUAUAUAUUUCUAUAUGUGUACUUAAUAAUUUUGCAAAUUUGAUGUGCACAUCAUCUGUUUUAGUUCAAUUAGAUCUACAAUUAAAGCACAGUUUUGUGAAUUAAACUUUUUUGAAGCACUGUAAUUACAUUUUUGUACAUACCAUAGACCCAGCAACUGCUUUGCAUAAAUGCAGCUGCAUUUACAGAGCUGCCAACCCUCCUGUCAAAAUUGGGAGAUUCCCGAUUUUUCAUCAUAAUUCUUGAUAGCUCUGUAAAUCUCCAAAUCUGUUGGUUUUUAAUUUAUUCAAAUUUGAAUUAUCUCUUUCAAAGGUACAUUUAAAAGAACUGUUGAUCACCAAGUUUUGAAGGAAAAAGAAAUGUUAGGGAAAAAAAAAAAAAAUUGAUGACAAAUUCUCAAAAAAGGGCAAAGGCAAAACAUUGUCACAUUUAAAUGAAACUCCUGCUGUGCAAAUUUAUUUUUUUCCAAAUGAAUUUUUGGAGUAGUUUUUCUGAUUCACUUUUCUUUAAUCCAAACUGUUUUAAUCCAUUAUGGAGUAAGUAAUUUAAUCCAUUAUAGUGAAGUAUUUAUGAAGAUUUGAUUGUUGUUUGAAAUAUUUGCAUUUAUUUACCUAUUAUACAAUACAAUAAAACUAACAUUUAAUAGGCAUUUGAUUUUGUUUUAAAUCUGUAAAUGAUGCAUUACUAAGUUUAUCUGUAUAAUUAUAUGCAGGUUAAUUUUUUUUAUUUUCAUUGUAUAAAGACAUUUCUCAAAAUAACAAAUUGUUUCUCCUACUGGGAUUUUCAUGAUAUAAAAUUUUAAGAAAAUUAUAAAAUUACAUGUACAAAGAUAAAACAUAUAACUUGAAAUAAAAUUUUAAAUAAAUAUCAGAAUAAUGCAUUUUAUAUCAAAAUUAUGUUAAAUUAAUUUAAUAACUUGAAUUGUGUUGUAUGAACUUAGUUCUAGUCAAAUUUGUCAAAUCAUGUCAUUGCUGUAUGCAAAAAAUUUCCAGUUUUUCACAUAAGGUUGGCAACUAUGUUUUUCUUAUUUGUUAAUUUUGAGAUAAUUAGGCAUUUUUUAUUGUAAGUGCAACUGCAUUUAUACCUUACUGGUUAUGAAAAAAUUAGGCAACAUAACUAAAUAUCAGUUUUAAUGCACAUUUUAAGAGUUUUUAUUAUUCAUGAGGUGCUGUAGCUCAAGGUGGACCUAAUUUUAUUUACUUUUUAAAAUCAUUAUUCACAUAAUUAUUUAUUUUGUUGUUUUCAUAAGUCAUUUGUAUAUACAUAGAAUUAUAGAUAUAAAAUAUGUAUAUAUAUGAAUGUAUUUAAAAGUUAUUACAAAAUUAACAUUUUGUUUGAUUUAGUACGAGAUUAAUUUCUUCCCAGGGCUGAAUAUUCUCUUUAUGUAUGCAAAAUGCACAGUUUGUGAUUAUUUAAUUUGCUUUUUUUGUUGUUCUGAAACAGAAGUUAUGUGUACUUUUCAUAUCAUAUGUUAUAAUGCAGAGAUACUGUUUUAUUUUUAUUAUUAAUAUAUAAUCUAACAGUAAUUGUAAUACAUAAGAAAAUUUUAAAAAUAUUUUUAAAUGUUUGCUUAAGAGAGAAAUAGUAUAUUGCCUUCUACACUGAUUACUCACAUAUGUGGUGGCCAACAGAUAAAUUUUGCUUUACCUUCCUCUCUUCCAUUUUCAUCUACCUAUUAUUAAGUUUGCAAGCCAUGCCUUGUUUUUUUUUUUUUUUUUUUUUUUUUUUUUAAACUUUGAGAAUUAAGGUGAAAAGAAAGGUAUAUUAUUUUGUAAUGGAAUGAUGAUUCAUUAUUGAGAAAAUCAACAGCUGCUGAGCAAGAAUGCUAAAAACGGUUUUAUGCUUUAAAAAGUUUAUUUGAACAGAUUUGCUCUUUUUUUUUUUUUUUUUUUUUUUUUUUUUAUCUGUUUGAUUGAAGCUAAUAGCAGCAGAUCUCUAAAAUUAUUAUCCAAUGGUGGGGAAUUUUUAAUUUAGAUUAUAGUAAUCAAUGUAUAUUAAGGUCAUUUGUUUUAGGAAGGUUUUAUACUUCUUAUGAUAACUGGUUCAUAUUGACAUUAUACAUUAGGAUUCCUUGCCUGACCCCAGCUUCCCCCUUUAAAAUUCAGCCAGACCAUUUAGCCACCACGACCAAACCUAGGACAUAAACUCUUUUUUUUUUUAAUUAAAAUUUGAUCUGUAUUGUAAAGUUCUUUAUUUUGCUUAUUAAAUUUUUUUUAAAGGUGGUAUUUUAAAAUGUUUAAAACGUAUAAAGUAGUGAGUGCUGCUUUUUCUGUGCCUACACCAAAUGGUAGGAUUCAAAUAAUUUUACUCGUUCAUAACAAUAGUGACUGUUUUAAGUUUGUAAAUAAAUUUUAAAUAUAUAUAAUAUUUAAUGACUGGUUCAUAACAUUGUUGACUGAUCUUAAUAUAUAUAUAUAUGUAUAUAAGAACAGCUGUUGGAUUAUCUAUUAGUAAGAGAAAGAAAACUAGGAAAUUAAGUAAAAAGUGAACGUCAGUGCUAGUGUGGUUCAAAUAAAAUUACUACAAUAGCAUUAAAGUUCACUUUUUAUUUAGUUUCUAAUUUCCUUUCUUUACCUAUGAGAUUGAAUAACUGUUCUAAUAAAUAACUUCUUAUUUUCUUACUUAGUAGCUAUAGCAUAAGCUCAUAUAUAUAUAUUAAUUCAUGCACUUGGCCUUGUAGUGUGUUUUUACUGAAGCCUGAUUAAGACGUGUAGAGGCCCUAAGCAUUUAAAACAUUUUGAAGCCCUCGCAUAUGUUUGUGCCAGUUUUUUCUUCAUUCCUUCACUUUCGGUUUUAGUUUAGCUGCAUCAUGCAUUCCAUGGUAAGACUGGCAAAUGGAAAUUUUUGUGCCGCCUUUCCUAAAUAAAUACCUGAGGACCUUUUUGUGGUGCCCCCUUUCCAUGAUACUAAACACGUACUUAUACUGCUUAAUCCAGCUCCGUUUUUUACUCAUAUAUGUACACCAUGCAUAUUAAAAAAAUAUGUGAUAUAAUAACAGUAAGACAAAAAAUAGACCAAAUCAUGCAGAGUUAGCAUUAAUUGCUGAGCUGCAUAAUCUUCCUCUCACAUUCUGCGAUGAUCUGUCAAAAAAACAGCUGAUCAGCUGUUUUAUGCAAAUGAAGACUUUUGUAAUAAAUUGCCAAAAAAAUUGUAAGCAACCAUUUCAAUCAAAUUAGAUGAUCCUUUGAAAUUUUUGCAGAAUCAAAACUAUCUGCACAAAGAUCCUUUUUAGUGUUAACAAAUGUACAGUGACGUAUGACUAUGUUUAUGCCAUGUCCCAUUGAAUAAAACAGUGAUCUUCAUUUAAA